UUUCCACAAUGCUCCCAUUCAACAUGAGCGUUCCUCUUUCCGUUGAUUUUGAUAGUCCCGAAGACUACUUCAUUUUUAUCUUCCAAAUUCUAUUUGCAACAAGUGUUGUCCUUCUCGCGGGCUCAGUGGUGAUUGGAAUCUUGAAAACAAAGAGUCUUCGGAUUCAGAACAGAUUUAUUUUCAUGCUCAACACCAGCAUUAGCGACACUCUUACCGGAUUAUCUGUGUAUUAUAUUGGUCUAUUUGACGUAGAGGAGGGAUACCCGUCAAGGAACAGUACAAACUACGUUCUACCUACUCUUCUUGGAGUAAACAUCCUCACAUUUCUGUUUGCACAAAUUGACCGCUAUUUCGCGAUUUGCCGUCCUUUCUUCUACUGCCGCUUCAUUAAACGGCCGAUAGUCGUUGGGGUUUGCGCGUUUUGCUGGUUUGAUACAUAUCUUAUAUUAACGGUGAAAACUGUCGUCCCUUUGUCAAAAGCUGCAGAAAUAAACGCAUUUACCGUUUUGAGUUUACAGAUAAUAGUGGUCGCUAAAGUGCUCAUGACUAUAAAGUUGUAUGUGAUCGCCAGGUAUCAGAUUGCACGAGAACCACCGAGCGCCGAGAGAGAGAGCAAAAAGGAGUCACUGAGGAUAAUAGUAUUCGUGGUAAUCUGUUUCUUGACGCUGUGGUGUCCCUCCUUUGUCAAUAUUCUCGUGAAGCAGUUGACAGUGCACGGUAUUCGAUUCAGAAACGAAGCCACUAACCUCUUUGCUAUUAUGGCGCGUUUUAACGCGCUCACUACACCUGCCGUGUACGUCUGGGGAAGCCCCGCGCUGCGCGAAGCUGUGAGGACGGCUGUCUGGGGCAGAGUGUGUGCGAAGCGCACAGCGAGGUUCGGCGCUGAUCCUGGAGGUGGCGAGAAGCAUCUUCCAAAAACGCACGCAUCGAGAGAGAAGAAACCGUGAGGCCACGUAGAGCAGAAGAGUCACCAAAGCUUUGUUUAUAAU